UGUCGUCGUCAAGAAGCCGGAAUAUCUUCGCGAGUUGGAAAAACUCAUGUGCCAGACCCCGAAGAGGGUUCAGGCGAAUUACGCGAUGUGGAGAAUCGUUGAGGACUCUUUAUAUUACCUGAACGAAGAAGUGCUUAGAAGGGAGUUGGCAUUUUCUGCAGCGAUCGGUGGACGUAAGAAGCGACCGCCGAGGUGGAAUCAUUGUAUUCAAUUGGUUUUGGAAACCUUUCCGAUCCUCGUUGGCUCUCUGUACGUAAGAAACUACUUCGACAAAGAGACCAAGGCGAACGCAGCCGCUAUGGCUGCCGACGUCAAAGAACACUUCAUCAGAAUUUUAGAAACCGUCGAAUGGAUGGACGAAAAAACUCGUAACCAUUCUGUUGAGGUAGCAAAUGCGAUGUCCGCUUACAUCGCGUAUCCCGACGAGCUACUGGACGACGAGGAACUCGAAAAGCUGUGGCCAGAUUUCGAUCUUUCCGAAGACUAUUUUUUCGAGAAUAUUUACCAUCUCGCAGCAUACGGAAGGAAUAAAAGAUUCAGCAAGUUGCGCGAACCCAUCGAUGAAAAAGAUUGGAAAUAUCGUGUCAAUCCGACGAUCGUGAAUGCGUUUUAUAAUUCAGCCUUGAACAGCUUUCAUUUACCUGCUGGUAUUCUGCAAGGUGAUUUCUUCAACAACGAUCGACCUAAAUACAUGAAUUACGGUGGGAUUGGAACAAUCAUUGGGCACGAGAUAGCGCAUGGUUUCGGAGAAAUCGGCUGGCAAUUCGAUGAGAACGGCAAUAAACUAGAUUGGUGGGAGCCUUCAAACAAAGAGAAUUAUCUCAAGCGUACAUCGUGCAUUGUCGAUCAAUAUGCGAAUCAGACCGUCCAAGAGGUUAAUCUCAAAUUGAACGGCACCAAAACUCAAAAGGAAAAUAUGGCUGACAACCGCGGAAUAAAAGCAGCGUACAUGGCGUAUAACGAUUGGGCUGAGGUCAACGGACCGGAACCACAGUUGCCCGGAAUCGACAGAACGCCACAACAAAUGUUCUGGAUCAGUAUCGCGACGAGUUCGUGCUCGGUGUCCACACCAGAAUCCAUGAAAUUUCAAAUCGAUCAUAACUUCCAUUCUCCUGAAGAGUUCCGAGUUUUAGUUCCGUUGUGGAAUUCGCUUGAAUUCGCAAAAGAUUUCAAGUGCCCGGUCGGCUCUAAAAUGAAUCCUAAGAAAAAGUGUUCCGUUUGGUAAAACAUCGAAGGUUCGUUGCACUUUUAAAAGCCUCGGAAAAAUCGUAAAAUUCAUGGGGAAACUGUUCUUCUUUGUUAGGAAAAGACAUCGAGAAAAACAGCGCCUUUUCAGGAUUAUUUAAGGUAUUCCUUUCCUAUGAACGUAUUUCUUGGUGGUGCAAAUUCGGACACUCGAAAUUUGGACUGAUUCCUAGCCUCUGAGAAGUCGCAUUUAUAUAGGAAAAGCUUCUGCUUCUGUCGUUUUUCCAACUUCUAUCCUUAAUAUC